AUGAAAAUAUCAUUAAAUCAAACUACUAAACCUCUUACAGAAAAAAAUUCCAUUCAAAAAUAUCAAUGGUUUGAUGAUUAUAUUUCUAAUAAUCGUGGAGGUUCAUUUGGAAUGACUGUAAUUACUCUUAAUGGUAGAGGACAUUGUAAUGAAGAAAUUUCAUUAGAAGAAUUACAAUCAAUGAUGGGAACAUUACAACCAAAAAAUGAUGAUCCAGAUGCAGAUAUAUGGAUUGAUGUAUAUGGGAAUAAUGAAAAAGAAUUAAAAACAAUAGGAGAAUUAUUUGGAAUUCAUCCAUUAACUAUUGAUGAUUGGCUUUCAGAUUCAACAAGAAGUAAAUCAACAAUUUUUGAUACAUAUUAUGAAUUAAGUGAUAAAGAAUUAUUUUAUCAAACAGACUCUAAUAUAUUAGACUAUUCUUCUAUUAAUAUUACAAUGAGAGACACAUUUGUAUUAACAGUUCAUUCAAAACAUUUACAUGCAAUAAAAAAAGUAAAAGAUAAAAUAUCAUUACAUUAUACAGAAUCACUUCCAAGUGCACAAUGGGUAAUGUAUGCAUUAUUAAUGGAUAUUAUCAAAGGAUAUAAAUUAAUAAUGAAACAUAUUGAAGAAGAUUUAGAUACAUUUGAAAAAUUAGCAGAAUUUAUGAUAUCAACAGAUCAAAAUGCUAUCUUAGCAAGAUUAAUGAGUAUAAAGAAAAGAGCAUCAAAUCUCGAUUAUCAAAUAUCUCCUAAAAAAGCAUUACUUCGUUAUCUUAUUAAAACUCCAACACAAAAAAUUAGUAAAAUGGUUAAAAUUUAUUUAAGAGAUGUUCUUGAAGAAGCUGUUAUUAUUGUAAAAAGAGUUGAUUUUGUAAAUGAUAAAAUUGAUGAUGUAACUAAUACCUUUUUAUCUAGAAUGACUUUAGACUCAUAUCGUGUAAAUAGAGAUCAAGAAGAAUUAAUGAAAAGAUUUGCAAUCAUUACAACAUUAUUUACUCCAUUAACAUUUCUUUCUACAUCAUUUGGAAUGAAUGUUCUUGUUCCAGGUCAAGAAAUAGAUAAUUAUGGAAUGUUUAUUGGUCUUUAUGUUAUUGCAAUAGCAGCAAUGAUAGGAGGUAUUUCAUAUUUUAAAUUAACUCAUUGGAUUUAA